UCCGCGUGUGGGGCCGUUUGGACGUUCUAGUACCGCGUUGUGCCCAGGAGAAGCCAGCUCCUCCCGGCCCGCCCGGAACCCGCCCCGCGAUGCCCGCUCCGCAGUGCUCCUCCUGCCACGCGGCGCGCGCGGCCCUCCGCCGCCCGCGCUCCGGCCAAGCGCUGUGCGGGCCCUGCUUCUGCACCGCCUUCGAGGCCGAGGUGCUGCACACGGUGCUGGCGGGCCGCCUGCUGCCGCCUGGCGCCGUGGUGGCCGUGGGCGCUUCCGGCGGCAAGGACUCCACGGUGCUGGCGCACGUGCUACGCGAACUAGCGCCGCGCCUGGGCGUCUCGCUGCGCCUGGUGGCGGUGGACGAGGGCAUCGGCGGCUACCGGGACGCGGCGCUGGCGGCCGUGCGGCGCCAGGCCGCGCGCUGGGACCUCCCGCUCACCGUCGUGGCCUACGCAGACCUCUUCGGGGGCUGGACGAUGGACGCUGUGGCCCGCAGCACGGCCGGCACCGGCCGCAGCCGCGCCUGCUGCACCUUCUGCGGGGUGCUGCGGCGCCGCGCGCUGGAGGAAGGGGCGCGCCUCGUGGGAGCCACGCACAUCGUCACGGGCCACAACGCCGACGACAUGGCCGAGACCGUGCUCAUGAACUUCCUGCGGGGCGACGCGGGGCGGCUGGCCCGGGGCGGGGGCCUGGGCUCGCGGGGCGAGGGGGGCGCCCUGCCGCGCUGCCGCCCCCUGCAGCUGGCCUCGCAGAAGGAGGUGGUGCUGUACGCGCACUUCCGCCGCCUCGACUACUUCUCCGAGGAGUGCGUCUACGCGCCCGAGGCCUUCCGCGGCCACGCGCGCGACCUGCUCAAGCUCCUGGAGGCGGCGCGGCCGUCGGCGGCGCUGGACCUGGUGCACUCGGCCGAGCGCCUGGCCCUGGCCCCGGCCGCGCGGCCCCCGCCCCCCGGCGCCUGCUCCCGCUGCGGGGCGCUGGCCAGCCGCGCGCUCUGCCAGGUCUGCGCCCUCCUGGACGGCCUGCAGCGCGGCCGGCCCCGCCUGGCCAUCGGCAAGGGCCGCGGGGGCCGCGACGAGGAGGGGCCGCCAGGGCCGCCGCCCCCGCCGCCCAGCGACCUCCGGUCUGGGCCGGGCCCCGCCGCCGGGGAGUGCGGGGCAGCCUGUAAGGAGCGCUGCGAAUAAACCCUCUCCGCCUGGGCCCUGCCACCCGUGACCCCGCAGAAGGGAGGAGAGGCUAGGGGCCUGGACUCCUGGGUCUGAGGGAGGAGGA